AUGGAUCGCAUUGAGCACAAGUACGUGGAAGUGAAGGGUCUCAAGCUUCACGUAGCCGACAUAGGAAACGACUCAUCGACAGCGGUGGUUUUUUUGCACGGCUUCCCGGAGAUAUGGUACACCUGGCGCCAUCAGAUGAUAGGCGUUGCGGAUGCUGGUUUCAGAGCCAUUGCACCCGAUUUUAGAGGCUAUGGACUAUCAGAUCAUGGUGUCGAGCCGGAAAAAACGUCCUUCGCCGACAUGCUUAGUGAUACUAUCGCAAUCCUCGAUUCUCUCAACAUUUACAAGGUUUUUGUAAUCGGCAAAGAUUUUGGGGCAUUUGUUGCUUAUGCAUUUGCACUUCUCCAUAGCGAAAGGGUUUUAGGAGUUGUAACGCUUGGUGUCCCAUUUAUUCCCCCUGGUCCCUUGGUAAAUCAUGAAUCCCUUCCCGAAGGCUUCUACAUCUCAAGAUGGCGGGAUCCUGGAAGAGCUGAAGCUGAUUUUAGUCGUUUUGAUGCUAAAACAGUUGUGAAAAAUGUCUACAUAUUAUUCUCUAAAAGUGAAGUCCCAAUAGCCAAUGAAAACCAGGAGAUAAUGGAUAUGGUGGAGUCAAAUACACCUUUACCCUCUUGGUUUACAGAGGACGAUCUUGUUGCAUAUGGCGCUUUGUAUAACAAGUCUGGAUUUCGAACUGCUCUCAAAGUUCCUUACAGGUCGUUACUAGAUGAAAGGUUUGAGUUUAACAUUGAGGAUCCAAAAGUAGAAGCUCAAGCAUUGUUGAUCAUGGGCGAAAAAGAUUAUCUAUACAAAUUUCCCGGGGUCGAGGAUAUCAUAAAUGGAGAUGAGAUGAAGAAGUAUGUACCUAAUCUAGAGGUUACAUAUUUGCCCGACGGAUCACAUUUUGUUCAGGAGCAAUUCCCUGAUCAAGUGAAUCAAUUGAUCCUCAAUUUCCUGGCAAACUCCUAUAAUUAG